UUGGGAAGGAACAGAGUGGGGGGACGACAAGGCUCAUAGCUCAGACCUGCUGGAGGCAGCUCAGAGCUUCCGACUUUUUUCAGCUACCGCAGCCAUCUGUCCCCAGGUUUGAUUCGCAGGACCCCACAUUCCAAGCAUCAGGGUGGGUGGUUUUUUGAUCUAUGCGAGCCUGGCUCAGCGCUGUCCCCAGCCCAAACUACUUCCCGAGCACUGGAGAGACUUUCACUUUGCGGUACAGAGUUCACAAGGUUCCUUUACUUAGCCCGAGGAUAUAUGAAGCCAGUAUACGGAGCUGUCUCUGAGGGAGGAAGGAGAGAGCAAGCUGAUCAUCUCGUGCCCCUCUCCCAGCUGCCUUCUCUGAGCUCUUCAGGAUUCAUAUGGAAGCUGCAUUAUCCAGAGGGAAGCCCAGGGAGCUGAAGGAAUAGGAUCCGGGCUGAGAGCGUCCUGAUAACAAGAACAGAGAAAUUUCAGCAAAAUACAGACAUGAAUCUUCCAGAAAGGCUCAUAUAUAAACACCCAGGUCCAGCUGACAAGAGUCAAUUGCAGAGGAGGGAACCAGAACUGGACUCUAGAUCCUCAGAACUAAGGAUUCUCCUUCUUGGGAAACAUGGUGCAGGGAAGAGUGCAACAGGAAACAGCAUCCUGGGAAAGCAAGUGUUUGAGUCCAAAUUCAGUGACUCUCUGGUGACUAAAACCUGCAAGAAAGAAAGUGGAAUUGUGGGAAAGAGGAAGGUUGUGGUCAUUGAUACCCCUGAUCUUUUCUCUACAAGAUUCUCUACUGAAGACAAAGGAAAAGAGGUCAGGAGCUGUAUUACCCUCUGUUCCCCUGGCCCCCACAUCCUCCUCUUGGUGACCCCUCUUGGCCAUCACACAGUGGAAGAUGAAAGGAUAGUGAAGGGCAUUCAGGAGAUCUUUGGAGCUGAAGCCACAAAGCACAUGUUACUUCUGUUCACAAGGAAGGAAGAUCUUGAAAAUGCCUCACUUCUGGAAUAUGUUGAAGAAACUGAUAAUGCAUGCCUCCAGGAGCUAGUUCAGAACUGUGAGGGUCGGUUCUAUGCUUUCAACAACAGAAUAGGUGAAGAAGAACAACAUAUUCAAGUUCAGGGUCUCCUAGAACAGAUUGAACUGUUAAUGAAAAAUAAGGGUGGCCAGUGCUAUGCUGAAUUUAUGAAUGGAGGAAUGGAAAACAAUACCCUAAAUCCUAAACCGGAAAUAUUAUCACAACCAUCAUGUAUCCAAGAAUGGAAGACAUGUGCAACUGAAAUUAAAACUCAGCCAAAGGAAUCCAGCUUACCUGGUCCAGCUGACAAGAGUCAAUUGCAGAGGAGGGAACCAGAACUGGACUCUAGAUCCUCAGAACUAAGGAUUCUCCUUCUUGGGAAACAUGGUGCAGGGAAGAGUGCAACAGGAAACAGCAUUCUGGGAAAGCAAGUGUUUGAGUCCAAAUUCAGUGACUCUCUGGUGACUAAAACCUGCAAGAAAGAAAGUGGAAUUGUGGGAAAGAGGGAGGUUGUGGUCAUUGAUACCCCUGAUCUUUUCUCUACAAGAUUCUCUACUGAAGACAAGGGAAAAGAGGUCAGGAGCUGCCCUGGCCCCCACAUCCUCCUCUUGGUGACCCCUCUUGGCCAUCACACAGUGGAAGAUGAAAGGACAGUGAAGGGCAUUCAGGAGAUCUUUGGAGCUGAAGCCACAAAGCACAUGUUACUUCUGUUCACAAGGAAGGAAGAUCUUGAAAAUGCCUCACUUCUGGAAUAUGUUGAAGAAACUGAUAAUGCAUGCCUCCAGGAGCUAGUUCAGAACUGUGAGGGUCGGUUCUAUGCUUUCAACAACAGAAUAGGUGAAGAAGAACAACAUAUUCAAGUUCAGGGUCUUCUAGAACAGAUAGAACUGCUGAUGAGGAAGAAGGGUGGCCAGUGCUACGCUGAACUUAGUAUGAAUGGAGGAAAGCAAGAAAAUACCAGAGAUACUGAGGCAGUUGUUACCAAAAGUACCAGGUGCUCUGGAAUAGAAGAUAUGGUGAACCUCAUCCUUGUAGGGAAAAGUGGGACUGGAAAGAGCUCUACAGGGAAUACCAUUAUUGGAGAAAAGCAUUUUGUGGCCAAACUUUCAACAAAACCAAUCACUAAGACCUUUCAGAGCAAGCACAGAACCUGGAAAGGGAAAAAUGUUGUAGUUGUUGAUACGCCCUCCUUUAACUUUUCCCUGGAGAGUGAAGAUAUUCUUUUAAAACCAGAAGAAGAUGUAUUUCGGAACCUUUGUUUGUCUCCAGGAGCCAAAGUUUUCAUUCUUGUUGUUCAGCUGGGCCGAUUUACUGAAGAAGAUGAGAAGUCCGUCAGGGAACUGGAAGCCAUAUUUGGACCAACAGUCACUAAGUACAUGAUUGUGCUCUUCACCAGGAUUGAAGAUCUAGGGACUGAGACUUUGGACAAUUACAUCAAAAAUGCAAAAAAUAAAUCUCUUCAAAGGCUAAUUAAACAGUGUGAAAAAAGAUUUUGUGGUUUUAACAACAAAGAAAGUGGCCUGGUCAGGGAAAAGCAGGUUAAUGAGCUUUUGGAAAUGGUGGAUAAACUAGUCCAGAGGAGUGAAGGUCAAGAUUAUCCUGCCAGUGGGAAUCCUGAAAUUUAUACCAAUAAGAUGAAAGCUCUCCAGAGGAAGGAAAAGUUAUUCAUGCGAAUAAAGAAAAUAAUACAUUGAAAGAGUUCCUUUUUUUCAUUAUCCAGUUGGUUCUUGCUGCUACUGAUGACUCAUAAGUCAGGACAUAGGGUGAAAAUAUUCUUGGGGACAGUCAGCUAGAUGUAUAUAUUGGUUAAUAAUAAUGCCAGAGUGUGGCUAGGGACAAAUUGUAAAUAGAGGAUAAGAAAUUGAAAUGAGUUUUGAGGAAGCAAGCUAAGGGACAAAAUAAGGUUGUGAGUUGGAGUCAUAUAGGUUAAGUUGGAAAGAGUCUGGACAUACAUGAACUGACAACUGGCAAAGCAACAAUCAUUUGAAAAGGAAACAAGUAUCAAAGAACAGACCAAGGAAGGAAUAACUUGAAAGUGCAGGGAGACAAGAAAGAAGAGAUGUGUGGUUAUUUUCAGGACACAGGAAAAUGAGCAAAGGGAUAGAUCUAAUGCAAUAGUAAUGAAGAAAUACCUUUAUCAUAGAGGACAUUUUUCUUCUUCAACUUAAGAAUGGUUCUAUGGAUGCAGAAAACCAUUACAAUAUGGCUGUCUUGGGCCAAGCAGAUCAUGGAGAAGACUCACUCGAUACAUCAGAUAUAUGGAUGGAAAAAAGAUCACCUUCUGGAAGAAACAUCCUGACAUAGGUAGAAAUUUUAAUUCCACUUUUUUAUUGAUUAUGUCCUAUAUUAGUGUGACCUGUUACUCAAAGAUCAUUUGCAUAAGACUCUUCUUUGAUAGAGAGUGAUUAUUCCAUGCUCCACACCUGCAAAAAGGGUAGAAUUGGUGAGAGCUUGGAAAAAGAAAUAAUUUGUCUUCAGAUUUCUAGUUUCAAAGGAAGAAGACAUGGGAUUCCAGAUUCUUUUCAGGUUCCCAAAGGGAAAGAAAGAUGGAAGAAGCUGACAUAUAGAGAAACUGACACCUUCUAUCAUGUCCAUGUCCCCAGCUUUUUUACAGAGACCCUUUAGAGAAUUUCCAAUUGGGUGAGAUCUGAGACUCUCUCUCUUGCUCCCAAAGGGAGAGUUCCGUCAAGCUACUUGUAUAAGAGAUACUCUCAUAUGUAUACUUUUUUUCUGAUUUCUAUUUCUUGUCAGCUUAAAUAAAUGAGUUUAUUUGCCAUCUUCUUUAUGUGUUCUUUGUGGAAGAGGUAUUUGGUGGGGAAGGAAUCAGGC